ACUCUUAAUUAAUAACCGACAAGAAAUUCCUCCCUCUUACAUUGUGCUUCCCAUGUUUGCUUUCUCUCUCUCUCUCCUUUUCAUGCCAAAAAUUUCUCAAGAACCAAACAUAAAACAAGUUAAAAACCAAAUCCCAGAAUCUUGAUUUCCUAAAUCUCCACUUCUUUCUUUUGUCCCAUUCACUAUAAUCUCUGUUCUCUGUCUAGACUCUUACCCUCCAAAAAUAAAAACAAUCAAAGUCUAAGCCCUACCCUGCUGUUUUUAUCAACUUGUCACACUCAGACCAAAAACAUUUGAUCACCAUCAAAUUUAUCAUUUUCUGUAUGCUUCUGGAUAAAAAAUGGGGACUGCAACAUCAUCCAUGGCAGCUAAAUUUGCAUUUUUCCCGCCGAACCCACCUUCCUAUAACAUUAUUGUGGAUGGAGCAAGUGGGAAAAUGAGGAUCUCAGAUGUUAACCAGAGUGAUAACGUGGACGUAUUGAAGCUGAGUACCAAGAGAGGGAGUGAGAUUGUGGCUAUGUAUGUGAAAAACCAAUCAGCUUCAUUAACAGUGCUGUAUUCUCAUGGAAAUGCUGCUGAUCUUGGUCAGAUGUAUCACAUUUUCAAUGAGCUCAGUGUCCACCUUAAUGUUAAUCUUAUGGGAUACGACUACUCAGGAUAUGGACAAUCUUCUGGAAAGCCAAGUGAGCAGGACACAUACGCAGACAUAGAGGCAGCAUACAAAUGCCUGGAAGAGACCUAUGGAGUAAAACAGGAAGACACUAUUUUGUAUGGGCAGUCAGUAGGGAGUGGACCUGCUUUGGAACUAGCCAUUCGGUUGCCUAACUUAAGGGCUGUAAUUCUUCAUAGUCCAAUCUUGUCUGGCCUUCGUGUCAUGUAUCCUGUGAAGCGUACAUUCUGGUUUGACAUUUACAAGAAUAUUGAUAAAAUUCCUCUAGUUGACAGCCCUGUCCUGGUAAUUCAUGGAACUGAAGAUGAAGUGGUGGAUUUUUCUCAUGGUAAGCAACUUUGGGAGCUAUGUAAAGAGAAGUACGAACCAUUGUGGCUCAAAGGGGGAAACCAUUGUAAUUUGGAACUCUAUCCUGAGUACUUAAAGCACCUUAGGAAGUUCAUAUCAGCCAUUGAGAAACUACCUCGUCCUCGUAAUGUAUCUGAGCAACCCAAGGUUCAAUCCGACCAACCUUCGAACAAUGCAGACCCAAACAAGGAGAAAUCCAGGCCAAGCACUGACCAUAGAGAGAAGGGUAGGCCAAGUUUUGGGCGGAGAGAAAAAUCCAGGCUAAGCGCAAGCGGUAGAGAGAAAGCAAGAGCCAGCACUGACAAACGAGAUCAGAAAUCAAGAAAGAGCCUUGACCGAAAUAUGAAAGCUAGGAACAGCACAGAUCAUUCAGAGAGAGCAAGAAAUAGUUUUGACCGAUUGGGAGAUAUGGUACGAUCUGUUGGAUUGUGCAAUGUUGAUUGUUUGAAGCAGACAGCUGCCGAGGUUUGAGUAUGGAAGUGUUCAGCAGUUAUUGCACUUUGGGAUUGUAAAUUUGGUUUCCUCCAUUAUUAUCUGGUUGAUGACCUCGGAGGUUUCUGUAACAGUGAUUGCUGCUGUGUCUUCUAGAAACAAGUAUCAUACUGCACAUCCUUACUAGAUCGUUCAUUUUUUCUCUCCUUUGGUAAUUCCUUUGUCGGAUUUAAUU